AUGUCUGAACAAACUAUUGAAGAUCAACAGUCUUACGCCGAUCUCGAAGCAGUUAAAAUUCCAUUUGAUGUUGCACAAUGUGAUGGUGAUUUACUCUAUACAUAUCUACCAAAUUGGUUAAAUAAUUUAACUGAUGAACAAAUACAAACUCCACCAAUGCCAGUUAAUACAUUUCAACAUUAUAUUCAUGAAUCGCAUCUUGAAGCAACCAUGGCAAAUAGUAUACGUAAAAUGGCUUUAAAUGAAGAUCGUUUAUUUAAAAUUGAUGAUUUUGAAUUUGGUCGACCACUUGGUAAAGGUGCAUUUGGAAUAGUUUAUUUAGCACGAUUGAAAAAAACGAAAUUUAUUUGUGCAUUAAAAAUGCUUCAUAAAAGUAAAAUCAAUGAGUAUUCAAUGGCUGAACAGGUUAAAAUUGAAACUGAAUCGGGUUAUAAAUUAAAUCAUCCGCUUAUAUUAACAAUGUACGAUGUAUUUCAUGAUGAAAAACGAUUUUAUUUCAUACUUGAAUAUGCUCCACAUGGACAACUUUAUCGAUUUUUACAAAAAUUACGUCGUUUUACUGAUCGUUUAGCUGCUAGUUAUAUCUAUCAAAUAUGUCAUGCAUUAGAAUAUUGUCAUAGUAAAAGUAUUAUUCAUCGAGAUUUAAAACCUGAAAAUAUUCUUGUUGAUUGUUGUGGAAAUUUGAAAUUAGCAGAUUUUGGUUGGUCAACAAAAAUUCGUCAUGCUGAUACAAUGAAUACAACAGCAUGUGGAACAUUAGAUUAUUUAGCACCAGAAAUUGUUGGUCAUAAACAAUAUCAAUAUCAAGUUGAUAAUUGGUGUGUUGGUGUUCUUGCUUAUGAACUUUUAUCUGGUCAUGCACCAUUUGAAGGUACUGAUGAUGAAACAAAAGUGAAAAUUGCAAAUAUUAAUUAUUCGUUUCCGGAUUAUUUUUCUCAACCUGCAAGAAAAUUUAUUGAUAAUCUUUUACAAAAGGAUCCAAAAAAACGUAUGCCACUUGUAAAUUGUAUUGCUCAUGAUUGGUUACAAAAAAAUGCUUAUAAAUAUUUGUUUGGUCCAUAUAAAUGUCCGAUUUUUGUAAAUAUGGAUGACUAA